GGAAGCAAAUCCUGAGACCUCCAGAGCCCAGCCGACCAGCUGCAGAGGCAAGACCGGCAUGUCGCCUUCCUUCAAACUUCAAUGUCACUUCAUUCUCAUCUUGAUGGCUCUAAGAGGGGAGAGCCGGUACCUAGAGCUGCGGGAAGCUGCGGACCACGACCCUCUCCGGUUCCUGGGCGCCAACCUGAAGCGGGAGCUGGCGGGGGAGCCGCUGUACCGCCGCGCGCUGCGGUGCCUGGACAUGCUGAGCCUCCCGGGCCAGUUCACCUUCACCGCCGACCGGCCGCAGCUGCACUGCGCCGCCUUCCUCAUCGGUGAGCCCGAAGAGUUCGUCACCAUCCACUACGACCUGGUCUCCAUCGACUGCCAGGGCGGCGACUUCCUGAAGGUAUUUGAUGGUUGGAUUCUCAAGGGGGAGAAGUUCCCCAGUUCCCAGGAUCAUCCUCUCCCCACAACUGAGCGGUACAUAGAUUUCUGUGACAGUGGUCUUAGCCGAAGGAGCAUCAGAUCCUCCCAGAAUGUGGCCAUGAUCUUCUUCCGGGUUCGUCAACCAGGAAACGGAUUUACAGUAACCAUAAAGACAGAUCCCAACCUCUUUCCCUGCAAUGUCAUUUCCCAGACCCCAAAUGGAAGGUUUACCCUGGUAGUCCCACACCUGCAUCGAAACUGCAGCUUCUCCAUAAUUUAUCCUGUGGUGAUCAAAAUAUCUGAUCUCACCCUGGGACACUUACAUGGUUUGCAGUCAAAGAACCCCUCAGCAGGUUGUGGGGGAAUAGGAGACUUUGUGGAGCUGUUGGGAGGAACUGGACUGGACCCUUCCAAGAUGAUGCCUUUGGCUGACCUCUGCUAUUCCUUUCACGGCCCUGCCCAGAUGAAAAUUGGCUGUGACAACACGGUGGUGCGCAUGGUCUCCAGCGGAAAGCACGUAAAUCGUGUGACUUUUGAGUACCGCCAGCUGGAACCAUACGAACUGGAAAACCCAAAUGGAAACAGUAUCCAAGAAAUCUGUUUGUCUACUCUGUGAAUUACCAACCCCAUGAUUUACAUGCUGCUAGCUAAGUGAGUUUUUAAUGGCUGUUAUAUGUGAUUUUGAUGACCAGCAAGGUAAGAGCGUUUCAAAUCAGUCAGUAUUCCCAGGCUUGGACACACAUUACACAUACACACACACAUAUGUAGACACACACGUGGGCGUGCAAGCGUGCAUUUAUUUUUGUACCUUGCUUCUUUUUCAUUUGUAAUGUAUAGAUGACCACAUGGCAGCAGAUAAACCCUCCUUUGCCUUUGGUAGGAAAACAGUUUUCUAUAAUUCUUUGGUAUGCUACAAACCUGCCCUGAUAAGACAAGUGCAGAGCAAUGGGCACUAAAAAAUUGUAUCUCAAGGGAAAAUACGACAAAGAAAUUAAAAUGGCGGUGUUUAGAUUCGUCUUAGAACAGAAAACAAUUAAAUGUCUGUAUACCAAAGUAGUUGUAUCUGUGUAUUUUCUGUAUAUUAUUCUGUUUACAAUAGAUAGUAGUCGUAGCUGUUGUUUAUUGAUUUGUAAUGUCUUGUUGCUAACAAAACUCUGGAGCAUGGAAAAAAAUUUUCCAUCCACAAAUACAAACAUGAAUAAAUACAUCAGAAUGUUGGCGCCUUGA